AUGGCAGAAGCUAAAGGAAUUUCCACUCCUAUGCCUAGUGGAUGCAAGCUAAGCAAAUUUGGCUCUAACUAUGUACCUGAUCCCUCGCUUUACAGGUCCAUUGUUGGAGCACUGCAAUAUGCUACAUUAACAAGACCUGAAAUUUCCUUUAGUGUGAAUAAAGUCUGUCAAUUUUUAUCCCAGCCACUUGAGGAACAUUGGAAAAUUGUUAAACGCAUUUUGAGGUAUCUCAAUGUCACUUUAUCCUAUGGUCUGGUAUUUCAUCCACCUUCAUCACAACACCCUCUCUCACUUGUGGCCUUUUGUGAUGCUGAUUGGGAUUCAGAUCCGGAUGAUAGAAGAUCAACCUCUGGAGCUUGUGUGUUCUUAGGCUCCAAUCUCAUCUCUUGGUGGGCUAAGAAGCAAUCCCUAGUGGCACAUUCAAGUGCUGAAACUGAGUAUCGAAGCUUAGCCCAUGUUGCAGCUGAAAUUUUGUGGUUGCAAUCUCUUUUGCAAGAGCUCCAAAUUCCAGUUUAA